AUGCAAUCCACAAAAUCUCGGCGGAAAGUGGCUCCGUCCGCCGCGGAAAGCGCAGACUCGGCUGAAAAACUCGACCAACUGCUCCUCUCCUCGGCCAUCUGCAACGGCGAGGAUGUGGGCCCAUUUGUCCGCAAGGUCUUCACUUCCGGCAAGCCCGAUACGUUGCUCCAGCACCUCCGCCACUUCGCUCGAUCCAAGGAGUCUGAAAUCGAGGAGGUCUGCAAGGCCCACUAUCAAGACUUCAUCCUUGCCGUCGAUGACCUCCGAUCCCUCCUCUCCGACGUCGAUUCCCUCAAGUCUUCUCUCUACGAUUCCAACACCAAGCUUCAGUCGGUCGGCCUCCCUCUUCUCUCCUCCCUCGACGCAUUCGUCGAAGCCCGAAACGUUUCCCGAAACGUCAACCUAGCGCUCGAAUCGGUUCGAAACUGUAUUCGUUUGAUGGAGCUUUGUUCCCGAUCCAAUUACCAUCUCUCCAGCAGCAACUUCUACAUGGCGCUCAAGUGCGUCGACACCAUCGAGUCCGAGUUCCUAGACAAAACGCCGUCGUCUACGCUCAAGCGGAUGCUGGAGAAGAAGAUUCCAGAGAUUCGGUGGCAUAUCGAACGGAAGGUCAGCAAGGAGUUCGGCGAUUGGCUGGUGGAGAUCCGCGUGGUGAGUCGGAACCUUGGUCAGUUGGCGAUCGGUCAAGCUUCCUCGGCGAGGCAACGAGAGGAGGAUCUGAGAAUCAAGCAACGCCAAGCUGAGGAGCAGAGCCGCCUCAGCCUCAGAGACUGCGUCUACGCUUUGGAAGAAGAAGACGAAGAUGGACUCGGCGGUGGGGUUGGAGAUGAUAUUAACGGUGGAAGUGGAUUUCCGGGGGUUGAUUUGACUCCCUUGUACAGAGCCUAUCAUAUUCACCAGACUCUAGGGCUUGAAGACCGGUUCAAGCAGUAUUACUUCGAGAAUCGAAAGCUUCAGCUCACUUCUGACUUUCAGGUAUCUUCCAUGACUCCGUUUCUUGAAUCUCAUCAAACUUUCUUUGCGCAAAUAGCCGGAUUUUUUAUUGUUGAGGAUCGGAUUGUGAGGACCGGUGGCGGUUUGAUAUCGAAAUUGGAGGUUGAGAAUUUGUGGGAAACUGCUGUUAGUAAAAUGUGUUCCGUUUUGGAGGAUCAGUUUUCUAGGAUGCAAACGGCCAACCACUUGUUGUUGAUUAAGGACUAUGUGAGCUUGUUAGGUGUGACUUUGCGUAGGUAUGGAUAUCUGGUUGACCCUUUGCUUGAUGUUCUGAGCAAGCAUAGGGAUAAGUACCAUGAGCUGUUGUUGUCGGAUUGUCGUAAACAGAUUGCUGAGGCACUUUCUGCUGAUAAGUUUGAUCAGAUGUUGAUGAAGAAAGAGUAUGAAUAUUCCAUGAAUGUUCUUUCGUUUCAGAUACAGACCUCUGAUAUCAUACCGGCUUUUCCUUAUGUUGCACCAUUUAGUUCUACGGUGCCUGAUUGUUGCCGCAUUGUACGGUCUUUUAUUGAGGAUUCUGUGAGUUUCAUGUCGUAUGGUGGGCAGCUUGAUUUCUUUGAGGUCGUUAAGAAGUAUUUGGAUCGAUUGUUAAGUGAAGCUUUGGAUGGGGCUCUUUUGAAGCUAAUCAAUACGUCUAUCCAUGGGGUCUCCCAGGCAAUGCAAGUAGCGGCUAAUAUGGCAGUCAUGGAGCGAGCUUGUGAUUUCUUCUUUCGACAUGCUGCUCAGCUUUCUGGCAUUCCCUUGAGAAUGGUGGAGAGGGGGCGGAGGCAUUUUCCGCUUUGCAAAGCCCGUGAUGCAGCAGAAGAGAUACUCUCUGGGUUGCUUAAACAAAAAGUGGAUGGGUUCAUGACGUUGAUUGAGAAUGUGAACUGGAUGGCCGAUGAGCCUCUGCCGAAUGGGAAUGAAUAUGUGAAUGAGGUAGUCAUAUAUUUGGAAACCCUGGUUUCCACUGCUCAGCAGAUAUUGCCUCCUCAUGUCCUUAAACGAGUUUUGCAGGAUGUCCUUUCUCACAUAUCAGAGAAAAUAGUUGGGGCUUUACUUGGGGACGCAGUUAAGAGGUUUACUGUACAUGCAAUUAUGAGCAUUGAUGUGGAUGUUCGGCUGUUGGAAUCUUUUGCAGAUAAUCAAGCUCCUUUACUCUCAGACGAGGAAGCAAAUCAGUUGAAAACAGCACUUGCUGAGUUGAGGCAAUUAAUUAAUUUACUCUUAAGCAAUCAUCCAGAGAAUUUUCUUAAUCCGGUAAUCAGGGAGAGGAGUUACAAUACCUUGGACUACAGAAAAGUAGUGGCUAUUUCAGAAAAAUUGAGGGAUCCUUCUGAGCGGCUAUUUGGAACUUUUGGGAGCCGGGGAGGCAGGCAGAACCCAAAGAAGAAAUCUCUAGAUGCAUUGAUAAAAAGACUCAAGGAUGUGAAUUGA